AUGGAAGAAAAAUGCAAGUUACACUUCUAUAUUAAAAUAUGUACUUUGUUUCUCUUAACUUGGACAUGUUAUUUUUACAAUAAUAUGAGGAUAUAUAAUGAAUGUUUGAAUGAGAAAAUCUAUAAUGAUAUAAAAUUGGUUACAAGAACUUAUCGUUUACUAGCAAAGCAUAAACAGGGAAGGUGUUCAAAUAUUGCAUCGAUAAAAGUGAAGAAACCAAAUAAUAGAGAAUACGAAAAAGAAGGCAUGUACAAUAAUGAAAAAGUAUAUAAAGGAAAAAAUAAACCACUAAAUGAACAUUCAUUAAAUGUUGCAGUAGAAUAUGGACAAUCUAGGAAAAACAGGUCUUAUUUGUGCAACAGAGAGAAUUCAUGUUCUGGAAAAAGAAUUUUGGAUAGCAUGUACUAUAAAAAUAAAGUCAAGUAUUCUACAAAUUCUGAUUUUAAAUUUUUAAAAGACAGUAUAAAAGGAAAAGGAUCUACGCUUUGUGCUUUAUUGGGUUUCCAUGGAUUAAUUGGAAUAAUAUUAAUUAUUUUAGAACAUACAAAGUCUUUGAAAAGUAUUACUAGUGAUAUAUGUAAAGACAUUGGUUUAAAUUCAACAGCAUUGGGAUUCGGUAUAUUAACAUUUAUAGUUAUACUAGCGACUAUUUAUCUCAUCAAAAUAAUUAUAAAAUUUGUAGAGAUAAUAAAUAAAAAACGUGAAAUACUUAAUACGGCAUAUCCUCCUUUUCAUAAAGACUUUUAUAACAGUUAUAGUGUAUAA